AUGCCUCUUCUGUUAUCAGUGGAUGCUGGGCAUAGACCGAGAUUUAAUCGACGACCUAGGUUUGACAAUAGCUGGGGGAGAAAUCUAGAAUGUAAGGAGGUGGUGGAGAGGGAAUGGGGGAGGCUGCAAGGGUGUGCGAUUGGGGAUAGGCUUCGGGUGUGUGGCAGUGGGGGGAGAGGCAGAAUAGAGGGGAAACAGAGAGGAUACGGUUAUGCAAACAGGAGAUGGCGAGGCUGUGGGGGAGGAGAGAUGAGGAGUGUGCUCGUUUGUUUGCUAACUGUCACAGUCGUUGAGGGAGAUGCCCGGUCUAUUUUGGAUUGUCUGGACAAUAGAGUAUCGGCGGGGCAGAAUGCUAUGUUACUACGGGAGGUCUCUGCGGAAGAAGUAAAAGGGGCUUUGUUUGCAAUGCACCCGGACAAAUCCCCCGGACCUGAUGGUUUAUCGCCGGCUUUUUUCCAGAACUACUGGGCUAUAAUUGGAUCCGAGGUUCUUGAGAAAAUGGGGUUUAUUGAGCAUUGGGUGAGGUUGAUGAGGGAGUGCGUCACUACUGUGCGCUACUCGAUUCUGGUGGAAGGGAAGGAGUGGGGGCCGGUGGAGCCGGGGAGGAGUUUAAGACAGGGGGAUCCGUUAUCACCUUGUUUAUUUAUUCUGGUUGCAGAGUGCCUUAGUGCUAUGGCAAAUAACUUUGAGGCAGGGGUCCUGGAUGAUGUUUUGAGGGAGUACGGGGAUGCGAGUGGCCAAGAAGUAAAUCUGGGGAAGUCUUCUAUUAUGUUUGGCCGAAAUGUUCAUAGGGAGGAUAAAGAGGCUGUUUGUGAGAAGUUGGGAAUUCAUGAACAGCAGGGGCAAGGCAAAUAUCUGGGGUUGCCAGGGUAUAUUGGUAGAAAGAAGCGAGAAGUUCUGGGGUUUAUUCGGGAUAGGAUAGAAAAGGUUAUGAAUUCUUUCUGGUGGGGUUGUGAGAGGAGGGAAAGAGGGGGGAUAAGGUGGAGUAAGUGGAGUGACUUGUGUGUGCCAAAAAAGUUUGGGGGGAUGGGUUUCCGGAGAGUUCGUGAGAUGAAUUUAGCCAUGUUGGGAAAGCAGGGUUGGAAUUUUCUUACUAAGCCCGAUGCUUUGGUUACAAAGGUGUUUAAAGCAAGAUAUUUUCCUAAUUGCUCUUUCCUUGAGGCGAAGAGGGGGUCUAAUCCAUCCUUUGUCUGGUCCAGUAUUUGGGAAUCGCAAACUGUGUUGGAAAAGGGGUUGAGGUGGAGAGUGGGGAAUGGAGAAUCGAUUAGAGUUUGGGGGGAUCCGUGGCUUCCGGACGAGCUAAACCCGUGUAUUGAAACCCCGAUACAACACUAUUUAGAGAAUCCUUUCGUGAGAUCCCUCAUGUGUGUGAAUACCAGCCAGUGGCACUUAGGGGUGGUGAGAGACAUUUUCUGUGAGCGGGAUGUGAAAAAGAUUAUGAGUGUGCCUAUUCCAUCCGCGGGGGUUCGGGACUCUUUGUAUUGGUAUAAAGAGAUGAAUGGGCUAUAUUCGGUUAGGAGUGGCUAUAGAGUCGCUACUGGCGAAUUGGGGUAUGGGGUGGAGGUGUGGUUGCUACGACAUGUGGGUUCUAUUGAUGAGUGGAUGGAUGAGAUGUGGCGCCUUCCAUCGAAGGAGCUGCUGGAGCGUGUUGUGAUGGUCACAUGGGCAAUAUGGGAGGCACGAAAUAAAAAGCUCUGGAAGGGUAUGGUCUUGGAACCGGCGAACUUGGUGCAUCACGCAAUUAUGUAUGCGGAUUGCUGGCGGCAGAACAAUGGGAUUGACAUGGGUGGGAUGCUCCCAACUGUGUCGGAUCAUCACACUAUCUAA